AUGCAAUCUAUCGCCCAACGCAUACAUCGGUGUUGGAGAAAAUAUGAGGUCUUCAAAGCUGGCGUGUACAUAACAAUUGGUGCAACGUUUACCCAUUUUAUUCUAAAAUCGGAAGUUCCAAAAAUUUCAUUCUCACAGCCUGUAAAUGCAGCUGAAAUAAUUUACCCUUCUCUUGUCGGCGCCCCAAACCUCCCAAUAAACAAUGAAGCUUUUCAUACUUUGGGAAUGCCAUCAUCAAGUCAUCUUCGUGUUUUUGACGGCUAUAUAUGUGUUUAUGAUCGUCGCAACAGAAUUCCAUAUUGGGUAAUGGAGCAUUUAAACCCUGCUAAACUAGAUCAAGUUGAUAUUGAUAAGGCUGGAGUAGAUCGUAAGGAGUUCGAUUUCUAUGAAGAUCUUGGUGAAAUUGAAAUGUUCCGUUCUACUAACAAGGAUUAUUUGAACUCUGGAUAUGAUCGUGGUCAUCUGGCCGCUGCAGGAAAUCAUCGCCUCAGCCAUUCAGCUAUGGGACAAACUUUUAUAUUGAGCAAUAUUGCACCUCAAGUUGGGUAUGGUUUCAAUCGGCACGGUUGGAAUAGCCUAGAGAAGUAUAUACGUGCGGUUGCAAGAAAGUCACACAAUAUGGUUGUUAUUACAGGACCAUUGUUUCUACCCCAAAAUGUAAAUGGCAAGAAAAUUGUGACUUAUGAAGUAAUUGGUAACAAUAAUAUUGCAGUUCCAACUCAUUUCUUUAAAGUGGCAGCUAUUCAAAAUAAACCGAAUGGAGAAUGGCAUCAAGUAGCUUGGGUAAUGCCCAAUAUUCGUUUACCUGAGCAAAUUAAAGUGGAUGGUUUUAGAGUUCCUGUUGAAAGUGUUGAAAGUGCUUCAGGCUGGAAAUUUUUCCCUAAACUUAAAUCGUAG